AUGAUCUCGAAUCCAGAGUCGCCAACCACUGUCAAGCCAUUCGAUAUGGACGACGAUGACGUCCAAGAGGCUGGCUUUCUUGGCGACGAUGGCACGCACCAAGCUCCUGCGACUUCUGCUGGAACUUCCGCGACUGCAAUAACUGCGGCUCCGGCAGCGACCGACGAGGCGGCUCCUCCGAAGCCUCCUCGGCCCAUGACUGAAACUCAAAAGAACGAGCAGAUUCUGAAGGAGGCCUUCCCCAGCAUCGAUGCUACAGUUAUCAAGGCUGUGCUUGUGGCCAGCGGGGGCCGAGUCGAUCCGGCCUUCAAUGCGCUCUUGAGCAUGAGCGACCCUGACGCCAUUAAGGAUGAGCCGACCGAGCGCGAGGCUCCUCCGCCUCCACAACCGCCCCGACCUACGGGCCGUGCCCCGAUGUCCCAGAUGGAGGCCGACGAGUUAUAUGCUAGGCAACUGGCCGAACACUACGACAAUGCGGCUUACGAGCGAAGAACCCAGAACCGUAGUCCUGGGCAGCCUGGGCAGCCACCGUACCGCCGCCAAGCCACUGGUCUGAAGCCCAACGAAAUGUAUGACCGGGAACACAGCUUCAUCGACGACGAUCUACCCGUUAUCAAGGAACAGUUCCGACAAGGUUUCCUGGAGACGCAGUCCAAGGUUAACACCUGGUUUACAGCCCUGAAAAAGCGCAUCGACGGCGAGUAUGAUUCCGAGGAAGAUGAGUCUCAGCCUUCGAGACGAAACCAGCCGGGGAGUAGCAGCCGCAGUGCCGAGGCGGGUCGCAGGAGCACAGAUUACGAUCGGUAUGACGCAGAUCCUCAGGUACUAAGCGACGAUUUCGCGGGAAUCAGGUUGAACCCAGAUGGCACCGCACCUCAAGGGCGGCCGAGCAAUUCCAAUGUGUAUAGACCGCCACCCAGGUCGUCCCCGUCGCCCAGACCCGAGGGCCGUAAGGUCGCUUUCAAAGACGGCCACGAUGACAUUGAUGACCCUUAUAGCGUAUCACCGAAGCUGCCCCCAAAGGACAACACAGCCGCUCCAUCACCCGGAAGCAAAGCAAGCAAAUGGCAGCCAAUGUCCGCCGUUGACCCAAAUCCUAUUGCCGACCACGAUCCCUUCAGUCUUGGUGACAGUGAAGACGAGAAGGAGACCAAGGAUAAGACAUCGAAAGAUACCAAAACGGACGACAAUGAGAGGUUGAAGCAAGCAACUGCUGAUGCCAUGGCGGACAGUCUAGUGGACGAUGCAAAGAAGGGCGAUGCGGCCAAAUAA